AUCCUUUAUAUUAUCAUAUGAAUGUGUUUUCUGUAUGUGAAUUUUUUUAGCGCGUGUGAACAGGACUUUUAUUUUGGUGUGGCACCAUGAUGUCAUAAGGCUGCGCCGCUAUCAUGAGUCUGUGAUUUGGCUGAAGAAAGAGUAUCAAAACACAGAAAAUCUCCUGGUGAAGCGACUGAGAUCAAUGUGACACUAUUAUAAAGAUGGCGUUUAUUAAAGAGGAGAAUGAAGAAAUGAAGAUUGAAGAAGCAUUCAGAGUCAAACAUGAAGAUAAUGAGGAACAAACAGAAGCCAUGGAUGAUGGAAGUUCAGCCAGAAAAGCAUUGCAGUAAUCAAGCCUAAAAAAUGACCACGGCCUGGAUGAGAAGUUGUGUUGCAUGCUCAUUGUAGUGCAAACCUGUCUGACCGACCUUGAUGGGGUAAUUGAUGAUGAACCCAGCUGUAUGGUGAAAUCGUGCUGUAGAGUUCGGAUUGGCAGGGAAGACGAGAAGCUCAAUCUUUGCUACAUUGAGCUGCAGGUUAUGUUCUUUUAUCUAUGCCUAGAAUGUCCACUAGACAGCUUGAUAUUCAUGCAGCUACUGUGGGAUCAUCUGGUUGAAAUGAAAGUUAAAGCUGCAUCAUCAUUCAUCAGCAUAGCAAUUGUAGGAGAAACCAUGUGCCUCCAUGAUGGGACCCAGUGAUGUAGUGUAAAUGGAGAAGAGGAGGGGUCCAAGAACUGAACCCAGAGGAACUCCCUUGAUCAGUUGGUGAGCUUUGGAUACCUCCCCUCUCCAGGAAACCCUGAAAGACCUUCCUGUGAGAUAGGAUUCAAACCAGUGAAGUGGAGUUGCUAUUAUACCCAGUGAUGAGAGGGUGGACAGAAGGAUCUCAUGCUUCACAGUAUCAAAGGCAGCAGAUAGAUCCAGGAGAAUGAGAAAUGAUGAUUUGGAAUCAGCCUUCGCAAUCUGCAGGGAUUCAGUCACCGACAGUAAUGCAGUCUCAGUUGAAUGCCAGUUGAUACCAGAUUGGAUAACAUCCAGCUGGUUAUUCUGUGAAAGGAAAGACAAUACCUGGUUGAAAACAACUCGUUCAAGUGUUUUUGCUGUGAAUGGUAGGAGAGAGACAGAGAUGAGAAUUGUGUGGGUGAGGGAAGAGAGGAUGACACAACAGAGGAAAGAUUGGAGGACGUGUCCUACAGAAAGCAAAGAAUGUUGACAAGAGGUUCUGAUAAUACAGAUCUGAUGGUGCUAAAAGAGAAGAGUCAAGAACUGAAUGAAAAUGGUAUGAGAAAGAAAGAUCAGUAUGAGAAAUGCCCUUUUUUCAUGACUAAGGAGAAAUCAUUUAGUUACUCAGCAACUCAUAAAACAGAAACUAGAAACCUCCAGAAGAGAGUUCACACUGGAGAGAGCCCUUUAACCUGCCAACAGUGUGGAAAGAGUUUCAGUCGGAAAAAAAACUUUAAACUCCACUUGAAAAUCCACACUGCAGCGAAACGGUUUAUAUGCCCACAGUGUGGAAAGAGAUUUGCACAGAAAAAAACCCUUAAAGUCCACAUGAGAAUUCACACCGGAGAGAAGCCUUUCACCUGUAAACUGUGUGGGAAGAGUUUCACAGUAAAAGGAACUCUUAAGACUCACAUGAGAAUUCACACUGGAGAGAAGCCGUUUGUUUGCGAGCAGUGUGGAAAGAGUUUCAGAUAUAAAGAAAGCCUUAAUCAUCACAUGAGGAUUCAUUCAGGAGAGAACUGUUUUGUAUGUCAUCAGUGCGAAAGGAGUUUCACAGACAGGAAUCAUCUUAAUAAUCAUGCAAAAAUUCACAUUGUAGAGAAGCAUUACAUAUGUCAUCAAUGUGGAAAGAGUUUCAAACACAGAACAACCCUUGAGAAUCACAUGAGAAUUCACAAUAGAGAGAAGCCUCAAACAUGUAAUUCACUGUGGAAAGAGUUUCGAACACAGAGCACACCUUGAGAGUCACAUGAGAAGUUCACACUGGAGAGAAGCCUUUCGCUUGCCCUCAAUGUGGAAAGAGCUGCACGACGAAAGGAAACCUUAAGAUUCACAUGAGAGUUCACACUGGCGAGAAGCCUUACAAGUGUCUGCAGUGUGAAAAAAAUUUCACAUAUCACACAGAUCUGAAACGGCAUUUGCAAACUCAUUCUGAAAAGUAAUUGUUGUUUUCCUUCAGUGUGAUGAGGUUUGGAAAAAAGAAAAAUUACAACAAUCAUCUGCGCAUUCACUCUGGAGAAAGACAAUUCAGUUGUGAUCAGUCUAAUAAAACAUCGCACUUGCACAUACAUAUUAAAAGUCAUGUAUAUGUGAGACCCUGUUUGUGUUCUUUGUUAAAGAAGUAUGGCAAUAGAAAAUGUGUAUCUGUUUGAAAUAAAGGCUACUUUCAUUCUGCA